UAUGAAUAAAUAGCGCAAGACUCAAUUGGAGGAGUUGCAGGAAAAAGAGAGUAGCUUUGGUAGAGUAUUCAAAGUGGCUGGUCCAUGUAAAUACUGUUCUCUAAUUUAAUAGUGGUUGUGGCAGAGAAAAUGGCAGGAGCUAAGAUGUUUGAAUUAGUGAAAGUUGGUUGGGAUAAAUUGGUUGGUGAAAUCAUUAAAUUAGAAGGUGAUAAUGCAUCUAUUCAGUGUUAUGAAGAUACAUGUACUUAAAACUUAUUUAUAAAUGAUUAGCUGGAUUAACAGUAGGUGAUCCUGUUAUGAGAACAAAGUCUCCACUUUCAGUUGAAUUAGGACCAGGUAUCCAUAAAUAUAAUAUUUAGGUAUUUUGACUCAAAUUUUUGAUGGAAUUUAAAGACCCUUGUAAGUCAUUGCUGAUCAAUCCGCUUCCAUUUUUGUACCAAGAGGUGUUGAUAUUCCAGCAUUAGAUUAAGAUAGAGUUUGGGAGUUCAAACCUUCAUCUACAAUCAAAGUAGGCUCAAUGAUUAGUGGUGGUGAUAUCUAUGGUUCAGUCUUUGAAAAUAAUCUCUUUGAUGAACACAAAAUAUUGACAGCACCAAGAGUCUAAGGAAGAGUCACUUAUAUUGCACCUGAGGGCAAUUAUACAUUAAAAGACAAAGUUAUAGAAGUUGAAUUAGAUGGCAAAAAACAUUAAUAUGGAAUGAGUCACUUCUGGCCCGUUAGACAACCCAGACCUAUUAUCGAGAAAUUAUAGGGUAACACUCCACUCCUUACAGGACAAAGAGUUCUUGAUGCACUCUAUCCAUCUGUGUUAGGUGGUACAUGUUGUAUUCCAGGAGCCUUUGGAUGUGGAAAGACUUGUAUCUCUUAGGCACUUUCUAAAUAUUCCAAUUCUGAAUGUAUCAUUUACGUUGGAUGUGGAGAGAGAGGAAAUGAAAUGGCUGAAGUGCUUAGUGAAUUCCCAGAAUUAACUAUAUAAAUGAAAGGAAAAGAAGAAAAUAUUAUGUAACGUACAUGUUUAGUUGCUAAUACUUCAAAUAUGCCUGUGGCAGCAAGAGAAGCUUCUAUUUAUACAGGAAUCACUUUAGCUGAAUAUUUCAGAGAUAUGGGUUUCAAUGUAUCUAUGAUGGCUGAUUCAACCUCAAGAUGGGCAGAAGCUUUAAGAGAAAUCUCUGGUAGAUUGGCUGAAAUGCCUGCAGAUUAAGGUUAUCCUGCUUAUUUGGCAUCCAAAUUGGCUCAAUUUUAUGAAAGAGCUGGAAGAGUCAGAUGCAGAGGUUCACCUGAUAGAGAAGGAUCUAUUACUAUUGUAGGAGCAGUUUCCCCUCCAGGAGGAGUAAAAAUAUUUAUUAUCUUUAGGAUUUUACUGAUCCAGUUACAACUGCUACACUCACUAUAGUUCAAGUCUUUUGGGGAUUAGAUAAGAAAUUAGCUUAGAGAAAGCAUUUCCCAUCUGUAAAUUGGACCAUAUCAAACUCUAAUUACGAAAAGAUUCUUGAACCAUAUUUCAAUUCAUUUGAUCCUGAAUUUACACAUUUGAGAGUUAUGUUCAAAUAAAUUUUGCAUGAAGAAUCUGAAUUAAAUGAAAUUGUCUAAUUGGUUGGUAGAGAUUCUUUAUCUGAAGAUUAAAAGUUGUCUUUAGAAGUAUAUUCAAUAAUUUUUAUUAUUAGAUUGCUAAAAUCAUAAGAGAAGAUUUCUUAUAAUAAGAUGCUUUCAGUAAAUACGAUUAUAAUUGUCCACUCUAUAAAACUAUUGGUAUGAUGAGAUGCAUUGUCUCAUUUUUCGAGUGUGGUAAGAAAGCCAUUCUUGAAUCAUCAGGAGAUGCUAAAAUUACUUGGAAUAUAAUUUUAAAUCAAACUAAACCAUAAUUUGUCAAAUUAUCUUAAAUGAAAUUUGAGGUAUAUAUUAUUAUUAUGAUUCUUCUUUAUAGGAUCCAAAAUAACCAAAAUAAGAAUUAAUGAAUUAUUUCACUAAAUUCGUAGACGAGAUCAAAUCAGCAUUUAGAAACUUAACAGACAAAUGAGU